ACGGAAACAAAUUCCGAUCACGUGCUCCGCCACGUGUAAAAGAAGACGUUUUGCAGCCGUUUUCGAUUGAAGGAGCUGGAGAAAGAGUAUGAGUCAGGCAGCGGCCGUAGCGUUCGACGAGUUCGGACGGCCGUUCAUCAUCAUCAGAGACCAGAGCUCGAAGAAACGGCUGCAGGGUAUCCAAGCACACAAGUCUCACAUCCUCGCUGCUAGGACGUUGGCCGGGAUUCUUCGCUCCUCCCUGGGACCAAAAGGUAUGGAUAAGAUGAUGCAGAGUCCAGACGGUGACAUCACAAUUACAAACGACGGAGCCACAAUUCUGGGCCUGAUGGACGUGGAGCACCAGAUUGCGAAACUCCUGGUGGAACUCUCGAAAUCGCAAGACGAUGAAAUUGGCGACGGAACGACCGGAGUAGUUGUGUUGGCAGGGGCACUGCUGGAGCAGGCAGAGCAGCUGUUAGACAAGGGAAUCCACCCCGACCCGCAUCGCGGACGGCUAUGAGAUAGCGGCCGGAGUGGCGUUGGGGAGACUCGACCAGAUCGGGGAGAGUUUCCUAGUGGAUCCAGAGAAGAGAGAACCUCUCAUUGAGACCGCCAUGACUUCACUCGGAUCAAAGAUUAUCAACAGGUGUCAGCGAAAGAUGGCAGAAAUAGCUGUCGACGGGAUUCUCCUGGUGGCCGACUUUGAGCGAAAAGACGUCAAUUUCGAGCUGAUCAAAGUCCAGGGUAAAGUUGGCGGGAAGCUGGAGGACACCACUCUAGUGAGGGGCGUGGUCAUCGACAAAGACAUGAGCCAUCCCUCAGAUGACCAAGUCUAUUCGUGAUGCCAAGAUAGCUAUUCUGACAUGUCCGUUUGAGCCGCCGAAACCAAAGACAAAGUACGGUCUUCACAUCUCGUCUGUGGAGGAUUACGCAAAACUCCGGCAAUACGAGAAGGAUAAAUUCCUGGAGAUGGUCAAACAGGUUAAGGACGCAGGAGCGAACCUUGCAAUAUGCCAGUGGGGUUUUGACGAUGAUGCAAAUCAUCUCCUCAUGGCCAACGACCUCCCGGCCGUUCGCUGGGUGGGUGGGCCCGAAAUCGAACUCAUCGCCCUGGCAACGGGGGGCCGGAUUGUCCCGCGGUUCUCGGAGCUGACGGCGGAGAAGUUGGGCUCAGCGGGCGUUGUUAGGGAGUUGAGUUUCGGGACGACAAAGGAGAGGAUGUUGGUGAUCGAAGACUGUCCCAAUUCGAAGGCCGUCACCAUCUUCAUCAGGGGAGGCAACAAGAUGAUUGUGGAGGAGGCCAAGCGAAGUCUCCACGACGCACUCUGCGUCAUAAGAAACCUGGUGAGGGACAACAGAAUAGUCUACGGAGGUGGUGCCGCUGAGAUCGCCUGUGCACUUGAAGUUGCAAAAGAGGCAGAUAAGAUAUCUACUAUAGAGCAGUAUGCCAUGCGGGCGUUCUCCGAUGCCCUGGAAUCUAUUCCACUGGCGCUGGCGGAGAACUCGGGUCUGAGUCCGAUCCAGACCCUGGCCAGCGUGAAGAGCCAGCAGCUGGUGCAGGACAACCCCAGACUGGGCAUUGACUGCAUGCAGAGAGGGACUAAUGACAUGAAGGAGCAGCACGUGAUAGAGACUCUGCUGGCCAAGAAACAGCAGAUCAAUCUGGCCACGCAGCUGGUGAAGAUGAUCCUCAAAAUCGACGACAUUCGCUCACCGGGAGAAUGAGAUGGGAACUGGACACUGUGCAUAGAUUGUCCCAGUGUUCCUCUCUAUAUAUAGCACACCCAAUGUUAUCAUAUGUGUACGGUAAAGAUUAUGGUUAUGAAUCUGAGAAUUAAUCGUG